AUGAUGUCACAAAAUCAAAAUGGACUAGACGAAUUUGAGUCAACAAUAAUACCAUCGGAUCCACUUAUUCUCAUACCAGCGAUAAGUAAGGAAAAUUUAGAAAAAGAAACCACUUGGACACGUCGUUUUUCUGGUAUAUUUUAUACGUUAUUUGCAAGUUUUCUUUUUGUAUCUACAACAUUUAUAAUUAAAAAAAUCGGCGUCGAUUUACUUGAUGCAUUACUAUUACGUAUGAUACUUCAAGCAGCAAUCACAUUUUCGUUUGUUGUAUAUAAUAAAUAUACACUAGUUGCACGUCAACCACGAGAAUUAUUCUUACAAAUUCUUUGUGCUGCUACAGAUGCAGCAGGAUUUUUUCUAUUUUUUCUUGCCGUACGCUAUAUUGAAUUAUCAGAUGCUAAUACAUUGGCUUAUACGCGAGUCGUUUGGACAGUUGUUCUGAGUGUGAUAGUCUAUCGUGAACGACCAUCCAUAGGUACGUUAUUGGCUUUACCACUGACACUUAUCGGCGUUGUUUUAGUGACUCAGCCAAGUUUUCUUUUUCCAUCAGCACAAUCAUCCGCGAACACUGUGAAUUAUAAACUUCGUGUACUUGGUUUUAUCAUGGCUAUAACAUGUGCUUUAACAUCAGCAUUGAAUGUUUUAUCCUAUAAACAACUGAUAUCAACAUCGAAACAGAUUAAACCAAGCGUCAUUAAUUUUCAAUUUUCAUUCACUGUCUGUUUAUUGCUGAUUGCCAAUCAAUUCUACAAAGUAUUCUAUCUUAAAUCAAUAACAUCGUUAAGCUAUUUUAUCUCGUGGCCAUAUCUAUUAUCAUCCAUCGUUUGUCUUAUUACUAUUCUUGGCAGUAUAUUGAUACAAAAAGGUAUCAAACGUGAACAUCCAGCUGUUUUCUCAUUGCUUACUUCGGCUGAUAUUAUUUACGCAUUAAUAUUACAAAAUAUAUUUACAUCUGUACGAUCAAAUUUAUAUGCUCUGCUUGGCUCAGCACUUAUUAUAUCUAGUGUCGUUCUAAUUGGAAUAUCAAAAAUAAUGAAUGAACGAGAUAGACGUGAUAAAAUAAAACGCAAUAAUAAUGCGAAUAAUACGGAUGAAAAAUGUUAA